UCCCGCAAAAGCCUCCGUGGGCAUCCCCGCAUCGCAUCCCCGCUGCCCGGCUAGGGGGGCUUCACCCCGGGACACCCCCCCCCUCUAAAAAGAGGUUUAGGGUUUUGGGGGGGUGUGGGGGGGUGGGGGGGUGGUCGCGCUGCGGGAGAGAAGAGGCCGGGAUUUAGCGGAGCGGAGAUGCUGCCCUGGCGCCGGAGCAAGUUCGUGCUGGUGGAAAAUGAACGUAAGUGCAAAGGCAAGAGCCUGGGGCCGGGGCUGAGCUACGCGGCGCUGCUGGCCGGGUUCCUCCGCUCCUGCCCGGACCUGCUGCCCGAGUGCCCGCUGGAGCGCCUGGGCAGCGUUUUCCGCGGCAAGCGGCAGAAAGUGGAGCUCAACAAGGAGGACCCGACGUACACGGUGAGGUACCUGGGCAACGCCGUCACCCUGCACGCCAAGGGCGAGGGCUGCACGGAGGAGGCGGUGGGCAAGAUCUGGGCCAAGAGCGAGGCGGGCGCCGGCGGGGCCAAGAUGAAGCUGACGCUGGGCCCUCAGGGCAUCCGCAUGACGCCCUGCGAGAAGGGAGCCCGCCGGCCGGGCCACGCGUACCUGCUGCACCGCAUCACCUACUGCGCCGCCGACCGCCGCCACCCCAAGGUGUUCGCCUGGGUGUACCGGCACCAGGUGAAGAACAAGGCGGUGGUGCUGCGCUGCCACGCCGUGCUGGUCUCCAAGGCCGACAAGGCUCGCGCCAUGGCCUUGCUGCUCUACCAGACCUCGGCGUCGGCCUUCAACGAGUUCAAGCGCCUCAAGAGACAGAGCGAUUUCCGCCAUGUGCAGCAGCAGCUCCUCGGCGACGCCUUCGUGCCCUUGGUGCCGCUGCGCCGGCUGCUCAACGCCAAGUGUCCCUACCGCCCGCCGGCCGAGCGGGCCCGCUGCGCCCCUCGCCUCAGCUCCAUCCUGGAGGAGGAGGAGGAGGAGGCCUUCGGUGCCGCCACCACGCCUUUGGGGGACGCCGAGCGAGCGGCCGUGCUGCGGCUGGCCAGCGACAUGAGGGGCUGCAGCCUGCGCGGGCCGCGGGCCGCCGUGUGCUGAGGCGAUCUCCCCGCGCCCCCAAAGCGCUGCUGGACCCUCGGCGGGGAUCGGGCUGGACAAGACGGCGGCGCCCUUUGCGGGAAGAGCCGUGCUGAGGGUGGCUUUGCACCCCAGGGAUCCCCCCCCAAGCCUGCACAUGAAGCUGCUCUCGUGCCUCCUCCGCAGCGGCCGUGAUAAUA